ACAGAUCUACCGUCAGAUGGCGGCACACAGAAGCAGAGACGUUCUUCUUGCUUUUCUUUUUGUCUUGGCAUGGGACGCAGUCAACGGCCAAAGACCCUGCACGGCUUCCUGUGUCUUCACCAGGGAAACUGGAAAGACCGACUGCGAGAGUCGACAGCUGACAUGCAUCCCCCUGAACUAUCCCGGCAGCGUGGUCCUGAUGCUGGCACAGAACUCACUGCAGAUGGUGCCCAGACAGAGCUUUGCUAAUUAUAGAAUGCUGAGACAGCUGGACCUGUCCAACAACGCCAUAUACAGCAUAGAGGAUAAUGCCUUUAAUGGUCUUGGUGGCGUCUCAACGCUGAAUUUAGCGAACAACCGCAUCACGCAGUUGACCGCGAACACCUUCCGUGGGUUGCGUGCGGUCCAGACGCUGCAUCUUCAAGGGAACGCCAUCAAUGCCGUUGCUGCAGGGACAUUUCGCGAAAUGACAAAUAUCAUCGAGCUAAAUCUAUCAGGGAAUAGAUUGUCGAUACUACCCCAUGGCCUCUUUUCGCAAAUGCUUUCCCUGAGACGUCUGUUCCUGCAGGAGAAUCAACUGACUACAGACCCUAACAUGCCAUUCCUUGAUGGCCUGUCAAACCUGGUUGAGCUUGAUUUAGAUGGAAACAGGUUUACCAAUAUUCCCAGCAUGAAUGGUCUGAUGCGACUUACUGACCUGGAUAUCACAGACACGCACAUAAAGUACAUAAGCAACAAUUCUUUCUCAGAUCUUAGCAGUGUCAGGGACAUCAUCCUGAACAAUAACAUGAUAUCAAUGAUAGAACCAGGAGCGUUUAGCGGACUCGGUGUACUUUCAGAACUAGAUAUUUCCUUCAAUGUAAUAUCAGAAUUAGACGUUCAGGUUUUCCAGCCCCUGUACAACGUCGAACGUCUACAGCUGCAGAACAACCAACUUCGAAGACUGGCGACGCAGCAUUUUGCAUCCAUGACGAGAUUGACAUCAUUGAACCUUGAAGGAAACCAGAUAACCGUGUUUCCGCCCAUGCCCAAUCUUCGUAUGCUAAACACUCUCAAUCUCCGUUCAAACCGAUUGGAUACCUUUGCACCACAGACAAUGCAGUCCAUGCCUAUGCUAAAGCGAAUUCUAUUAGUUGGGAAUCCUAUUCAGUGUGACUGUAGGGUCCUAAGACUACGCGAGUAUUUUCUUUCGCCUGCUCAUGCAACUCCGUACCAUCCAAACGAGAUACCUACAUGUAAUGCAAUGCAGCCACGCCACUUGCGUGGCACUCGUUUAACGGCUGUUCAGACGUCUGACCUUCAGUGUCAUGCACCGGUAUUGCGUCCAUUUUCGCGAAUGAUCUCUACGAGAUCGGGUGGGAACGCGACACUCGCUUGUGCCAGCUCCGGAUUCCCAGUGCCUAAAGUUACGUGGGUAGCGCCGAACGGUUUGCGAUUAAGACCGGCUGGUAAUCACCAUCUGAACCGAAGGAUUAGGGUAACUGAAGACGGGAUGAUGCUGAUAGCUUACGCCACGCAGGCUGAUCAAGGUCAGUACUCUUGCAUCAUGGGUAACCCUGCAGGACAGGUUCAAGGUGCUGUCCGUUUGCUAGUGCAGCCCUCUCCGGCAGCACCUCCUGAACCCCCUGUUACCAACUCAACAAUGUCGAAGAUAAAUCCUCCGGGAAAGCCCUCUACACACAAUCCCAUGUCUCCGCCUAUUACCACGAAUACCCAAGAAAUCCCAAUUAAUGGAGACCCGUACGUAUCUACAACGAUCCCAGACUCUACAAUUAAUGGACAAACAUGGCCUGAAGUUCACAACAGUGGUGGGUAUUUUCCACACCAAAAUCCGCACUUCAAUCACACAAGCACCCAGCUUAACCCAACGAUAGUCAUUGGAGGUGAUGUGGACAAACCAGCCGACGAGUCCCCGGACUCGACAACUCCUCGUUGUUCCAACAAUAUGGGUUCGAGGGAUGUAGUUGCUGCCGUCUUACUGACAUUCCUGUUUACAGCGUCAUUAAUUGCUAUCAUUUUCUUCCUUUGGUACAGAAGAUGGCUUCCGCGUGUACUUUUGUCUGGAAAAAGAAGAGCUAUUCUUACCUUAUCGGGAAGACGGCGUAUGUCGUCGAAAGUACCGCGACCCACCCAGAUCCCACAUGCACGGCGUCUCCGUAGCUACGAGCGCGUUGAUGAAAGUCGAGGUGCCUCCAGUUACUUCAGCGACAGCGAAGAUACACUCAGUACAUCAAGUAGUUACGACAGUGCUAGGUAUGUGAUCACUGACAAUAGUGUUGCCGACCCGGACAGCAUUAGGAUUCGACAGAUUAAAUUGGCUGCUGUUAGUGCAAAAGCCCCACAGAUACCUCGUUCACCUCCAAAGGAAUCAUCUAAAACCAAGGGUCACAAAGAUGAGGCGCCCCCUACGGUAGCUCGUUCACCCGCGUCGAAAAACUCAUCGGUGUCGACGUCCGGGGUGAAAUUACCUGGACCUUUAGCAGCACUAAAGAACAAAGCAAUGGGAAGAAAAACUCACAUAUACCAAAAUGCGGAUAUGGUUGUCCAUGAUCCAAACUAUUCGGCCUUAUGGCCCGGACCAAAACAAGACCAGUACCAGUACCCAAGGAAGCACAGUGGUGAAAGCAGAAUUUACAUCGAUUUGAGCUGACCCAUUCGUGAGAUUGAUAAAUCAUAAAUGGACUAAAGAGUAUUUAUAAAUUAAAUGACUGUUGUGAUUCAUGCAUUGAUGUUGAUGUUACAUUUUCGAUUUAAGACACAAGUCUGCAAUACUAGUGUGCAAUACUUAUAUACUUGUGUGUAGAAUGAUUUGGUGACGAAAUAAAUGGUUUGAGUUUUUUUCUUGUUCCUUUAUACCAAGUUCCUACUGUCGAGAAUGGCGUAACGACCCGAAUUGUGGUCUGAAUUGUUAAGUAAUCGUAUUGAUAGUGUCAGAUCUUAUCAGAUCUUGAGGUCAGUCGUGGCAAUCAUUUUUAGUGCAGAUUUUUUUGGGGUCGGCUCUUUAGUUUUCGGGAUCAGCUACGAAAGGCCAACGAAUCACACAGCAGUGGGAACGAGAUAUUAGUUCUUAUGAAACAAAUAACCUCUUUAUUAAUCAUUUUUAUUUCGAAAAUAACAUUCCAGUGGACAUUUAAAGAGAUGUUAAGAUGGAGUCGAGAUAUUUAUUUAUUUUUUAAUUUAUGUUGCUUUUGGAAUGCAUUUCAAGAUUCCUAGAGAAUCACACCCCUCGUAUUUAGCAUAUCAAUGAAGAAUAAUAGAAUAGAAUUUCUAUGUUCAUCAUUUUAUUAACCAGUUAACUACUGAAUUCUGUCAUUCCAGUUGAGUUUGUACAUGGAUCAUCUGGUUCCAGUAGCCAAUUGGGUUAAUAAAACUCGUAUUAGUAAGGUUUUAAUUUAUAGAGGGCGAAUAUGGUACUGAUCUAGGGCAUUUAUGAUAUUUUUUUAAUGUCAAGGAAUACAAAGGGGCAUUGUUGUGCGUUGUAAAAUAAAAAUCUUUACUGAUUUUUGUUCAGUAGCAAUAUAUUUAUAUAAGUUCUUUCGAAAUUUGAAGAUGAAUGUACUUUACUGUUUACGUUUUGAAGGAAGAUACCCAAAAGUGUUUAGUACCUAGAAAUUAAACUAUGCAUAAUUUUACUGAUUGUAAAUGUAACACAGCAAUUAACUUUGCUGUAAACUGUAAAUUACUUUUUUGUACACUUGUGUAAAUAUCUAUAAAUAGCCUCCCAGUUUCAUAUUUGGAACUGGACAAUAAAUUGUUAUUCAUAUCAAAUU